AUGUGCGCCCUUCACGCCAUCAACAGCCUUUUGCAAGGGGCUUACUUCACAGCUACUGUUUUGGCCAAUAUUGGAUAUGAAUUGGACAGUCAGGAGAUGGCACUUAUCGAAUCUCCGUCAACUGAAGGCCACGGUAUUGCUGAUGAUUAUAAUUCUUGGAGCAAUUUCGAUCCAACUGGCAACUAUUCAAUCCAGGUCAUCACAGUCGCCCUAUCUUACUUCCAGCUGGAAUUGAUACCGCUAAAUAGUUCCAAUCCUAGAGCCAUCUCAUCACGCCAGUGCACUUGUAAUGAACAAGCUUUUCUGUGUCACAAAAAUAACCACUGGUUCACGCUACGCAAGUUUGGGACGAGAUGGUUCAAUCUGAACUCUCUCUACCCGGGUCCUGAAGAAGUCCAUCACGACGGGAUUCAACUUUCUCUUUUCGCUACAAAAGAAUCGAUUGAGGAUUUCACAGGGAUUUUCAUAGUGAAUGGAAAUCUAGAACGCAUGGUAAUGAACCGAAUUCCACAGUAUUCCAGCGAGGAAGGUUAUGGAGACGAAGACGAUAAUGAUCGCAAUAAGACAACGGAAGAAUCGGAAAGUAAAUUGAGUCAACUUCUUUCUUAUAUACACAAUCUACUAAAUUAG